AUGACAUACGUUUUAAAUGGACAAACACAAACAGGACCAAAACACGGCAAAGUUGUAGUAUGCUACCUCGCUACGUGGUCCAUUUACCGAGAGGAUUGGGCCAAAUUUAAAGUAACAGAUAUGGAUCCCUCUCUAUGCACACACAUGGUGUACUCAUUCGCUGGCUUAGACGAGAAUACUAUGGGCGUUAAGGACCUCGAUCCUGGACUCGAUGCUGAUGGAAAAUUCGAGAACGCCGGAUACAAGGGGCUUGCUGCUAUAAAAAAUGGAAACCCCCAUCUAAAAGUCACUGUGGCAAUCGGUGGCUGGAAUGAAGGCUCCUUAAAGUUUUCGAACAUGGCGGCUACACCCACAACUAGGGCGCAAUUCAUUCAAAGUGUGCUCGAGUUUCUUGAAAAAUACCAAUUUGAUGGAAUAGACAUGCAUUGGAAGUAUCCUAGCUUAAGAGAUGGUAAACCACAAGACAAGGCUAAUUUCAUUUCACUAAUGAAAGAGUUAACAGAAGCAUUCAAGCCCAAUGGAUAUAUUCUCUCAGCCUCCGUGGUCGCCCUAAAGUUUUCAAUCGACAUUGCUUACGACCUGCCCGAGUUGAAUAAAUACGUGGACUUCGUGCACAUUCUCGGUUACGAUUACCACGGCACGUGGGAUAAGGUGGUCGGUGUGAACGCACCCCUCGCCGGCCUGAAUAAGGACGAUGUUUUCAGUGUGGAAUAUACUAUUAAAUACUUGCUGUCACGUGGAAUUAGUGCUAACAAGUUGGUCCUCGGCCUACCAUUUUACGGACGGACAUACAUACUUGAAAACCCUGAUGUAGAAGACAUAGAGUUUGGGCGUACAUCAACAAAGAGCGAAGGAUUUUCGGGUCCUUACACAAACGAAAAUGGAUUUAUGGCUUACAACGAGAUCUGCAUGGAGCUGACGCAGAACGAUGAUAAAUGGACUCGAUACUGGCACGAGCAGUCUUCAACGCCCUAUCUUCGUAACGGAGACCGUGUCAUAACAUAUGACAAUCCUCGUUCUUUAGCCGUGAAAGUGAAAAAAGCGAUGGAGUACAACCUCGCGGGCGUGAUGGUGUGGUCGACGGAUUCAGACGACUUCGGCGGUUUGUGUGACAGGGAACCCGACUACGUCUCCAUAUCGUUUUCUGCCCUGCACAGUUUCGUGGAGAAGUUUAAUCGGAUCACUAGAAAUCCAAUCUUGCAGCGGCUGUUAAAGGAUCUCAAUCUUCCCGACGCACAAAAGCUCGGAGCUCUCAGCACAUCAUCAGAGGUCGCCCACAAGAACCAUCUAUGGACGACCGACUCGAAACCAAAUUAUCCACUGUUGCGAGCUAUCGACGAAUCGAUAACUCUGGCGUUGGAAGAAAAGGAUUUUAUUCUUCGGAUAAUAGCUGCUUUGAGAUUAUAUACA